CAUACAUCUUUAGGCACCAAUCCUACUUAAAUGCGGGGCAUGGAUAUUGUAAUGACCAAAAAUUGAUACCACUCGGUGUGACCAUCCUAUAAAGCACCACUUUCUCUCCCGCAUAAUGCAAGAAGCAUUGAUCCCUAUGAUCUAAGAGGGCUCACAGCGUAAGGACGCUACCUGUCAUAUUGGAGAACUUUUCAUCAGUCGUGAGAAUAUCACCAAAAUGGAUGGAAACUCAAGGUCUUCAUCAAAACGAGCUAAGUUGUUGGUAACGAAGAAGGCUCCUCGGAUUAAGAAGCCCUCCAUCAAGCAACAGAAUGAGCUUCUAGCGAUUGAGAACAAAGUAUUGGCGAUUGAGAACGAAAAAAUGCGUGAGGCGUUGAGGACAUACCGAUGUGUUUCUUGCCUGAAGGCUGAAAAUGCCUACCUGAAAGCUAAGCUUGCACGCUCGUUCCGUAAUGCUGCUGCAAUUCUAGAAGCUGAUGCACAAUCUGAAGCGGAGGUUGGGUUUUCCUCUACAGCACCCCAGAUUUCAGCGGAUAGCAGUGCAACUGGGCCACUCCAGCCAAGUGAAGCAGUGAGCCAAGAUGAACCGCGCGAGUAGUCAACUGGGAGCAAUUUAUUUGCUAUAGUUACAAAAGUCUAUAUACUUGCAGAAUAAAAGUUCCAAAGACUUGGCGUGUUAGCCAUUUCAAUUAAAAUAAGUGACAAUACAAGUCCAUUGUGUCUUGUAGUUAAGCACCAAAACCUUUAUAUGUGUUACUCGUACAUGAGAAGGGUGUAUGCCUUCUCAUCUCUAUCUUUUAAAUUUGAAACAUGGGAUACUAUAUUAUGUUUGUACAA